AUAGCAUUCUAUUCAAGAACAAUGUCCUCAACCGAGAGGAACUAUAGCCAGUUGGACAAAGAAGCCCUAGCUAUAGUGUCAGGGGUCAAGAAGUUUCACGAAUAUGUUUUUGGCAGAAACUUUGAAAUUGUCACAGACCACAGACCCCUGUUAGGGUUAUUGGCUGGCGACCGCCCAACACCGGUGGCACUCUCACCCCGAUUGACCAGAUGGACUAUCUUUUUGGCCGCCUACUCCUACGAACUGCUGCAUCGACCAGGAAAGGAGUUGGGGCAUGCAGACGCAUUAAGCAGAUGCCCCCUACCAGGGGCAAUCGAGGACCCCACUCCGGGGAUGCCCGUACUUUUAAUUGACUCUCUGGACUCUGGCCCAGUCACAUCUAAGGAAGUGGCUCGGGCAUCUUACCGGGACGUUAUCGUGAGAACUGUACUUGGUUGGGUACAAAGAGGGUGGCCCGCUGCGCCGGGCGAGCGUUUUAAGGAGUUUGUGAAGAAGCGUGGGGAGCUAUCGGCUCAAGGGGGGUGCCUACUAUGGGGGGAUCGAGUGGUGAUCCCGGAGAAAUUGAGGGCAAAGGUAUUGGACCUCCUCCACGAGGGCCAUCCAGGGAUCGUAAGGAUGAAAGGGUUGGCGAGAAGCUAUGUGUGGUGGCCCCUAAUGGACUCAGAAAUUGCUGAGAAGGUAGGAAAAUGCCUGGCCUGUCAGGAGUCCAGACCACUACCCCCAACAGCCCCAGCCAGGGAAUGGGAAAAACCCCAAGGGCCCUGGUCGAGAAUCCACAUUGAUUUUGCUGGCCCCUUCCACGGCCAAACCUUCCUAGUGGUAGUUGACGCCUUCUCUAAAUGGCUAGAAAUCAUUCUCAUGAGAUCCAUGACAGCCGAGGCGGUAAUCGCAGCCCUACGGCACCUAUUUGCAACCCACGGGCUGCCCGACACGCUAGUAUCUGAUAACGGCCCGCAAUUCACGGCAACCCAGUUUGAGGAAUACUUGGCAGACGAGGGCAUCCGACAUGCCCUCUCUGCGCCCUUCCACCCUGCGUCGAAUGGCCUUGCAGAGCGUUCCGUCCGGAGCGCUAAAGAGGCAUUGUCCAGACUCAAGCCAGGCGACUGGCAAACAAAGAUAGAUUUCUUUCUGGCCGUUCAGCAUAGAACCCCCAGCACUGCAACAGGCAGAAGCCCAGCCGAAUUAUUGAUGGGACGGAAGCUCCGGUGCCCACUCGACCGUUUAAACCCCCACUACACACCAGAGGGUUACAAGGGGGAAUUGGAGAAAACCAGAGAAAUGGGCAUAGGCGACCGAGUGUGGGCCCGCAACUAUGGGGACGGCCCAAGUUGGCUGGCAGCAGAGAUGUUGAUUGCUUCUUUGAUAAGGGAAUAA